AUGAUUGAGACGUUCUUAUUGAUGCUGAUGAUCACAUUUGGAACCCCUUCGCAGCUAGAUGAAUGCGAUGACCAAAUAAGGAGUUGCAAAGGUUAUUGGAGGUGUUCCAAGUCUUUUGCUUAUAAUCAGAACAUUUACGAGAACGAAACGCCUUGUUCUUGUGACCCGCAAUGUCGCUAUGUGUUUGAAGACUGCUGCGCUGAUUUCGAAAGCGUCUGUGAUGCAUCACUUUUGCUUGAAGACACAACACAUCACCAUUUCCGAUGGCACUGCCGAAAAAUAUUUACAGAGCCAAAAUACGCGAACAAGUCGUUGUACAUGGUAGAUAGAUGUAUGCAAGGUUGGUCGAAUGGUGAAAUUAGCAUAAAUUGCAGUACCCGUGAAGCAAAAUCGUUUCACGAUAUUUUACUGGCCGUUCCAGUUUUGGACAGAAACGAAGUUCUCUUCCGAAAUAUAUACUGCGCUUUCUGCAACGGAGUAAAGCCAAAAGAUGUCAACUUUUGGGAAGUUAAAUUUUCUGAGACAGCUGAAUUCGAUCACUUAAAGGCGCUUACUUCGAAAAAAAAUGAUGAUAUAUCGUAUGAUCCUUUUCUUAUGGAUAAAUUCGUCAAUAUAAGCGAAAUAAGGCUUUCGAAAAAUACAUAUGGUGUGAGAAUUUGUCUAGAUAUUAUAAAGUCUUGUAUUUAUACUCAGAAUAGGGCUUUAGUAGAGGAAUGUGAACACGGACCUGCGGCUCUUAUCAGCGAUGGAAACAGAAAUUUUAAAAACAAUGCUUGUUUAGCUUGUAACUAUCAAAACAAAAGCAGUAUUCCACGCGAUCUAAACUGUGGACCAUGGCCGUCCAAGACUGAUCCAUCGGAAAAUUUUCCGUCCUAUAAAUACAGUUUAAUAUUUGGUGAAAAGCUCUACAGUAGUUUCACGACGAAAAAUGUAUGUCCCAAAGGAUAUCUCUUUAAUGAAAAAAACGGACAGUGUCUGAGAACGUAUUCAUUCCCUCGGCUUAGCUCUGUGCAUGCUCUUACGGCGUAUUACAUUUCUAUUGAAUAUGAAAGCAAAUCAUUAAACACAACUGAAUGUUUCGCACGAAACCGUUCUAAUAACGAAAGUGUAUUUGGGAAUACGUUUGAGAGAGCUCUCUACAACAAAACUAAUAACACAGUCCGUAUUUCAAUCUUUAAAGUCAUCCCUGUCAAGGACAGCUAUCUGGUAGCCUUGCGCAUUGAUAAUACUGUCCAAAAACAACUCGGCAACAACAAUGCAACAUACAACACAACCCGAACAACGUCACAACUUAAUAAUGACUUUACUUUGAUGUUUAAAAACCCAAUAGUUGUCGAAGAGUGCCACUAUAUUCCAAAGAGAAUAAGGUCCCGAGAAAUGGUUUGUAUCGAAAAUAGGACAUUUCCAAUCGAUAUACAAGACGUAGAAGGGAAAACUACGAUAUUUCUCAGAGAGACGCAAAAGAAUUACAGCAAAGGAGAAUUUUGGGUUUUCGAUCAACCGAAUAACACGGUUGUUGUCGUAUGUGAGCAUUUCAUGCCAACAAAUUGUUCUUACUAUAUCAACGUAAUGGAGCAAUCUGAUUGGCUCCUGCAUGAUAAUUUGUCGCUUUUUUACAAAGUUACCGGAAUGUUUUUCGAGUAUGGCGACUACUCGAUCAAGAAUAAUACAGUAUGGCUUUGCCUGAGUGAGAAACAUUUGCUUAACCAACCCACAAUAAGAACAGAAAUCAGCUCAAUUCACGAUAAUAUCCUAAGUUGGCUAACUAUGUUUGCUACUAUAAUCUCAUUAACAAGCCUACUUACUCUCGUGAUAAUAUAUUCCAUUUUCCCAACCCUUCGCAAUGUGCCUGGUAAAAACCUUAUGCUAAUGAGCACCGCCCUCGCCAUCGCGCAGUUGCUAUGGUUACUGCAAGAUCAGAUCUCGAGCAUAUUUUCCCGCCGUUGUGACGUCACGUUGAUCGCAUUACACUAUUUUUUUCUGGCAUCCUUCACUUCGUCCGGCUCAAUAGCUUAUCAUUCAUACAAAACGUUCUAUUCUAUUUCAAAAGGUCGGCUACAAGGAACCGAAAGCAAAUUUGUUUGGUAUAUGCUCUACAGCCUAGGCUGCCCUGCAAUUAUCGUCGCUCUGUUUUGGCUUAUAGACUUCCAUGACGUUUUAAAUUUUGGCUACAGUGAAACAAAGACAUUUUGCUGGUUUAGUAAAGGCCUUAGUGGGUACAUCGCAUUCUUUGGUCCAAUAUUUUUACAACUUUUUAUCAACUUGGUACUAUUUCUCGCCACGUUAAAAUGGAUUUACCAGUGUUCGCAAGCAAGUUUAGCAUUGGGUGAGAAAAAUAGCGGUGUAAAGCGCCAAAAUAUUGGAAUUUAUUUACGAAUGUCCACAUUGAUGGGUCUAACUUGGAUUUUUGGCGGAUUAGUGCUAACAUUUCCAGGUGUACUGGUGUUGGAUUACUCCUUCAACGUGGUGAAUGGUCUUCAAGGAUUGUAUGUUGCGCUGGCAUUUCUCUCGACAAGAAGUGUUCGAAAGUUAUUAACUGUAAAAGCUAAGAACCAAAGAGAACGAUCCACAAUGAAUGCUAGUGAAAGUAGUCUUUGA